AUGGGCGCCCGCAGGAUUCAGCACCUUCCAACAGAGCUGCUGUAUAUGGUCUUGGGCUAUUUGGGUGUCCGUUGCCACGGGAUUUCUCAGCCAGAAGCGCCACUGGCAUAUGUUCAGGAUGACGAGCAACAAAUGCCGGAUCAGCCAUCUUGGUACUCUUUGGAGUGUCAAACUUUGUCCACACUAUGCCUCGUCUCUAAGCACAUGCGCCAUGUUGUUGAGCCUAUCCUUUACCGAGAAUUCAUGCCAGGAUAUGGCGGUUCGUGGCGUUCAACUCUCUAUACCUGGGAGGGCCGGCUCACUUCUUUCAUGAGGACAAUAGCAGAGCGACAAGAUCUGGCCGCACUUGUGAAACAACUAUAUAUUCACCCAUACUUGCUUCGGCCCUUUGAGGGGAAUGAUUUAAUAGGCGUGGAAAGCCCAGAAGGACGUGACGAUUUCAGCGAGCACAUAGAAGAGAGAGGGGCCCGUGGCGCGGCGCUACAGGCGGUCGCAAAUGCCCUGAAGACUGAGGAGGGACUGCAGCAACUCUCAGUCCGUGAUCUUGUUACUGCUUUGGUUGCACAGUUGCCAAAUUUAAACCAUUGCAGCCUUGAAACUGGCAGCUCAUCAGCCCAAGAGAUCCUUCUUCACUGCUCCCUGGGGCUUCGCUGCGCGACGGGAAUCCCACGCCUGGCCCUUGGGACGCUCAGCAUUACUCGCUCUGCGUUUAGCACAAAGCGCAGUCCCUUCUUUUGUCUUGACCAGCAUUUGUGUGCUUUACUUGAUACAUGCCCAUACCUUGAGACACUUACCUUGCACAGCUUUGGUGGCAUCUGGUCCCAGGAUACGAAGAUCCCUUCACUGGCAAAGCUCAAAACCCUUUAUAUCACGCGUGGCGGCAUGACAGCAAUGGAUUUAGACGCCCUCAUUUCCUGUUGCGAUAACCUACGGAGCUUUGUGUACGAGGCUAGCAACGUUCCUUUAUCACGUUUAUCAAGGGAAAGAAACCAAAAACCCGACUACUCCCAAGUUCACUUUAGGGCAUUCCACACUGCCCAGUUUCUUCACCGCCACCGAGCAACCUUGGAAUCAGUACACAUUGACCUUCGGCUCCGAAAUGAAUUUUCGGGUGAUGAUAAGAGAGAACCCCCCCUACCUUUUAGCUUCCAAGAUUUUCACGCACUGCGACAUCUAUUUCUCAAUUUCACCGCUUUAUACGAUUCCCCAUGGGACCAAUCAUUCGCCAACAGCGAGGGAAUCGUACGAUCCCUCCCCCCAAGCAUUGUAUCACUGUAUCUGGCUUCGGGUGGAGGUCCUGUCGACCGUUCACGCACUCAGGAGGACCUCCUUUGCCUCGCCAAGGUAGCGUCGCAAGGGAAGUUUCCGAACCUGAGAGAGGUCCGAUGUGGUGGGGGAGACACAUCCGACGAUGGUUCUAUCCUGAGCACAACCUUCGCAGCGGCGGGGGUUGAUUUUGCUUAUAGUUCUUGGCCAUUCCUUGGCCAUCAAAGCCGCCAGCCAGUGCAGGUGAGUUACGAAACUCUAGAAGAUCUGGGCUGCCAUUAUUGUGAAUUGCCUCCUGGGGCGGCUAUGAUGCCGUUACCAGAUGGGGAGGAUGCGGAUCUGUGA